AUGAUGUUUGUCUUCCCAGAGCGCACUUCAGCCGCGUCGCGGUCGUGCGUUGCGGCUUACCCCCAAACACCACCAGACAUUGAAUCCUCAUCUCAGUUGUACCCUCUCUCCCCUACCAAGAUGACGACUCCGUUCCCUCUCUUACGCCUUCCUAGACUCGCACUGAUUCCAGUUUUUCAACGCAUGGAAGACAUCGAAAUACUCGCAUUCUGUCACAUCUCCACACGAACCAGAAGUUUGACCAAGUAUCUUAAAUUGUUGUCUCCUGAAUAUGUCGUACUGAAACAACAUGAUGUGUACAUAGAGAUCAAUCUCAACUUUAGUAAUCGCGCCAAAGUUAUUCUAAGUUAUGUUAAGAACCCGGAGGAUUCAGUGGACCUUCAGAGCGGAACAACUACUUGGAGCAAUAUGGGAUUUUCAAUUGGAGAAUGGACAAAACGGAUGUUCGAUGUGUCAAACUGUGAUAAAUUCGAGACUGUGAUGCUUGAAGAAACACCAGAAUUCGAUUUUUUCUCAAUUUUCUCGGAGAAUCGAAAAAUCGACAGAUUGGUAUUCUUAUCAGGCUGCGAACCUGUUUUUGUAAAACAAGCACUGCGAACUCUCAUUCCAAUUACUUCAAACAUUGAAUUCCUUUAUACGAGUUAUCCAUUCAGAAAUCGUACAGAACUUCGACAAAUGUUGGUUCAUGAAAUGGAUUCUUUGGAAAUUCGUGCUCUUCAUUGUCAUUAUUUUCCUUUUGUUUUCAAUCUCGAUGAUCUUAUUGCUUCCAAUGUCGUAAAACUGGUCUUGAGAAGUGUGACAUUAACCGCCAACGACCUAAACGAGUUUUUCAAAAUGUGGAAGCAAAACACGUGUAAUUUGCGCCUGGAACAUCUGUCAGUUUUGGAUUUCAAACAAGACGACAGAGGUACUGUAAUCAAGGGGCUGAAAAUUGUGGAAGCAAAAGGUCUCAGCUGUCUCAGAUAUUUCCAAUGUACUAACGACGGGAUCGUUCGUGCUGUUCUCGGGGGAUUCGAUAUCAAGAGAGCGGAUGGAAAGAUCGGAACUAUCGCAUUUGGAGCAGAUAGUCUUGAUUUCUAUGUGUGGUCAUGA